UUUUCUGCUGACUUGUGAAUGGUUUACUGGCAUCCGUGAACAACUUUGCACGGCAAAUGUGGCAUGAUGAUCCAAAGGUAGAGUGUAAGGAUUGGCGUGCGGCUGGAAGUCACGACGGAAACGGAACAUCUCUCUUCAUCCUGUCAGUGCUUCUCUGUCUGCUCUUCAACCAGGAGAAGUUCACAAUGAUGAUGCGUGCAGCCGUGGGUCUCUGGGUCCUAUCAGUGGUUAUCUGCGUGGGCAGAGGCCAUCACCAUCCCAAUCAUUUGGGUCACGGCAACGACAAGGCCGGCCAAGACACUGUAGUGAACGGCAGCGCCAGCAGCGUCUCCCUGGUGAACGAAGUAAACCAAGAGUUUUCCUUCCGACUCUACAGGCAGUUAGCAGCUCAUGCUGACUCUCAGGGAAAGAAUAUCUUCUUCUCCCCGGCUAGUGUGUCGACCGCCUUGGCUGCGUUGUCCGUGGGAGCGCAGGGGGAGACUCACCGUCAGCUUUUCAGUGGUCUGGGCUUCAACAGCUCCCUCCUGACGCAGACAGAUGUGGACCAGGUCUUCCAGACCUUCCUCCAGAGGGCCAACAACACAUCUCAAGAGGACGGUAGCGAAGGGACCGCGGUGUUCGUGGACAACGGCUUCAAGCCCAAGCCGGAGUUCCUGCAGACCCUGAAGCAGUCGUACCUCGCAGAUGGGUUCAAUGUGGACUUCACCAACACCACAGAAAGUGCUGAUACCAUCAAUAAGUACGUGGAGGAGAAGACCAACGGGAAGAUUGAUCAGCUGGUGGAAAACCUGGAUGAAAGCACUGUCAUGUAUCUCAUCAGCUACAUCUACUACAAAGGAAAGUGGGAGACUCCAUUUGACCCCAAGCUCACCAAGCAGGACGACUUCAACGUGGACGAGAACACCAAGGUUCCGGUUCUCAUGAUGAAUCUGGAGGAUAGUUUCAAAACCUAUCACGACCACGAUCUGAACACGACGGUCCUUCAGCUCCCCUUCAACAGCUCCUACUCCAUGCUGCUGAUGUUGCCUGACGUCAUGGCAACACUGGAAAACGCCAUUGGCCCGAAGCACGUCACCAAAUGGUUGAAGGCUAUGAUGAGACCCAGGGUACUUGAUGUAUAUAUUCCAAAGUUCUCCAUCAAGACUUCCUACAACCUGAAAGAUGUGCUGUCAGAAAUGGGAAUGACAGACAUGUUUGGUGAUCGUGCAAAUUUGAGAGGCAUUUCAGAGGAGGAAAGUCUGCAAGUCUCACAAGUUGUGCACCAAGCUACGCUGGACGUGGACGAGGCCGGAGCCACCGCUGCUGCCGCCACGGGCAUUGACAUCGCAAGUAAUUCUGUCGUCCCUGUGUUGAAGUUCAAUCGUCCAUUCAUGGUCAUCAUCACUGAACGCAACACAGAGAAAAUCCUCUUCUUGGGGAAGAUUAUCAACCCAACCAUCUGAUGGAUCAUGACUCGAGCACAGCUGUUGCAUCUCAUAUAAAGGAGUCAGAAAAAAUUGUGUUUUUUGUCUCUUGCUUUAUUGAGAGUGUAAACAGUUUUUAUAUAAUCUUUCAAGGUAAAAUAAUGUAGUGAUAAAAUAUACUUAAUACUUAACUACUAAUAAUACUUCCCUAAGCAUUUGGUAUUCAUUUAUAACUGAUCAGAUUUUAAAAAUACAAUAGAGCUCAACAGUGACCACCCACUUUUUGAACCGCUGUAGUUCUGGGUAUUAAAAUCCAUUAUGUAAGUAAAAGUACGACUUCCACAGUGUAAAAGUACAAGUCCUGCAUUGAAAAUGUUACUUCAGUAAAAGUCUGUAAGUAUCGUCAGGAAAAUGUACUUAAAGUAUAAAAGUACUUAAUGCAGAAAAAUCCUCACAUUUUGGAAACUGGAAACAGUUGAUUUCAUACGAACUUCUGUCUUCUACAGGAGCAGAAACUUUGUUUCACAGCUCACAGUCAGUUUACCUUGGAUGGUUUAGACAUUGUGGCUAAUAAUCAAAAUCCUUGUAGAGAAAGUGAAUUGGAUUUUUAAACUUGAUGGGACAGUGUGAAUUCUGUAUGUUCGAGGCUGACACUACUCUGAAUUGCUGGCUUGAAUGUGUAAUAAGUAAUUGAAGUAGUAGGAAGAGUUGAAAAAGUGAGAAUGGGUUUAUUUGGUAUGAAUAUUAUUGAGAAGUUAAAUAAUACAAAUAAUGUUUGAAAGAUAUGUUUUUAGAAAAGGCUGACUCAAAGCUGGAAAUCGCUUAAAUGUGUAAGAAGUAGAUAAAGUAGUAAAAGUUAUUAACACAACAUGGAGAAAGUCCUCUUCAUAGGCAAGAUUACAAAACCCAACCAUCUGAUGGAACAUCACUUUGUGUUUGCUUGAGCACAGCUUGAGCUCAUAUAAAGGAGUCAGAAAAUC